UACCUUUUCUUUUACUAAGCUUAAUCUAGUUUUUUACAAGUUUAAUUGAAUAAAUUGUGUUUCAUUAAUUAUAUUACUCUGGUAGUAUCCGUACUGAUACGUUACUAUUUAUCAUAUUAAUGGGCGAAUAUAAGAGGAUCUACUGAAAUUCUCUUUUAGUAACGUUCCACUAGUAAUCAAUAUGAGAUACGAGUGUAUCGACAAGCGCAUAAGAUAACAUUAAUCAAUGUCGAGUGUAUGCAGAUUGCGAUUCUAAAUUCGAUAAAAUAUUCUAGACCGCGUCAAUCGAGCUGCAUCGUACAGCAAUAGCGUUUGGCAAACGACCAACAACAUCAAAGAUGUGUUUUGUGAUUUCGUUCUUUAUAAGAAGGUACUUACAACAUAUACUCAGUUAACAAUUGUUUUAUUCAAUUUUUCUUUCAGUGAUCAUUCUUUGUCAAUCUAAAAAUUCAUAUAUAUAAAAUUGUUCGUGGUAUGGUCAACGUAAUAAAUAAAAAUAAUAUUCAUUUGCUAUUUACGAUAAUUACGCAUUAUUUUAAAGUAGAUAUAAUUGACUGCAGUCUCCUUGCAUGUCGGAAGCUUCUAGUGAUGGUGUUGCUGUUCGCUGCAGUUGUUUAUCUCCCUCGUUUGUACGUUUCGAAACCGAGUAAAAAUAACGAGACGACGAAGGGAGUGACUUGGAGUAUUAAGCAAAUAUCAGCUAUUGCUCGGCAAGAACGCACAUUGCCAUUGUUGAAAAAUCAUCAAACAAUGAACGCAACGUUUUGUCAGUUUGAGACCAAUUGCAAGACUAUUAAAUGCCGUUGCAUACCAGAACAACUCGAUCCCGGAGAAGUAAUGCGCAAUUUCAUCGAGAACAUUUUCAAGGAUCAAUGCGGUUCGAAUGUCGCCAUAAAUUUGAUACUCGAGAAAUCGACAUUUCCUGAUAAUAAACUGCGGAACAUGUGGUUGAAGACAGAUGUAACAAUCAACGAAUUAAUCUUCAAUAAUUGCUUCUUGACUGAAUUGAGUGACACAGCCUUUUCCUCGAUGAUAUACAAAAGAACAACUAAACUUCAUCUACUGAACAACAAUAUAUCUAUAUUGAAAAGAGCCACUUUUCGGCAUCUUCCAAACUUGCAAACUCUCGUUAUCGAAGGGAACCUGAUAAGACAAGUCGAGAGAAAUCUACUGAAAGACGUCGCGAGCACGUUGCAGGGCCUUCAAUUCGAAGACUCCAUCGAAAACGUGCAAGUUCUUCAGAAUAUUACGGGAGCGGAUUAUCUGCCUGCGGUACAAGUGUUGUCUCUACGAUAUAACAACAUUCCGAUCAUCGACUCAAACCUCUUCUCUGGCGUGCCCAACAUAGCAUCCCUCUAUCUGUGCGGUUCGCGCGUGAAGACCAUUUACACAGGUGCAUUCAAGUCGAUAUCUAGAUCUUUGAAGCAGCUAAUGCUGAGCGAGAACGCUAUUGCUUCCUUGCCUAAGGGUCUGUUUGAUCCGAUUAUCCGGAAAAACGCCGAUUUCGGUCUGACGAUCGACAACAAUCCAUGGCACUGCAACUGUAGCCUCAAGUGGAUGCAAGAGAUGAUAAAGUAUCAUCCGAACGUGAUGAAGAAAAACCUGACCUGUACUUCACCCGAGGAAAACGCCGGUAAAUCCUUCGUGUCUGCAAAUUUUUGCGACAAUGUCACAACACAGAGACACGACACAGUAACAGUGAGAAAAACGACAGAGAUUACAAGUACUCCAAAUAUAUUUUCUACAACUAAACCAGCGAUGAUUCAUGUUAAUUGCAUUCGUCAUGAUCGGUUGCUCCACUCGAUUCAUUCGCGUUGUAUAUUCUCGACGAUCGAAAUGCUGUUACCAUUCUCGGAUUUCACCGCAGAGCAAGUCCAGAAUGGAAGUGUCCUGAUCACUUUACCAGAUGCGAACAAUUUAUCCUUGAUUUGGUUCGCCAAUAACUUGCGAUCGAAUACUGCCAACCUGGAGAGCUUGAUACAAUGCGUUAGCCAAGUUAGGGGAUCUUAUCUUCUGCAGGAUCUUCAGCCACGGACGAGCUACACAAUUUGUUUGAAGGACAACUUUAAUUUCUCGCCAUUGAACUGCUUGGGUCUAACAACAAGGUCGUUUCCUGAAUCCAACACCUGGCUGAACGGUAUCAAUGAGAGUGUAAUUAUCACCAUUUUUGUAGCAUCGCUGAUAUUGAUGUGCUUCACGAGUGCCAUUCUCAUGUUCGUCACGGUACGACGACACCCAACAAUGCUGCGAGGGAGCAAACGAGUCGUGAUCGUGAAGCAUAGAAACGCCAUAGUGCUGCCGAAGGGUCUCUCGAGCGAUACCAUCUGCUCUGCGAACGGCAACGUGAUACCUACGAUUUCGCGAAACUUAAAAGAGGACGGAUACGUCACACCCCUGCCAGUACGAUAUUCGACUCGCAAGAACUCGAAGAGCUCGAGAAGAUCGAGCGAACAGAGUGACGGUACGAGCUACAUCUCCGGCAUCGAACCGACUUUGUCGCAAUUGAAUUCGUGGAGACUGAAAGGAGAAUCGUUCUACGUGAACUGGGAAGCCGAGCCGCCGCCCUUGCCACCAUAUCCGCGUCAUAAAGCGCAACCAUUGUCGACAAUGAAAGACUUGAAUGAAAAAGAAAGUAAAAAUGCGACGUGCACAAUAUAAAUACAGUACACGAAGUUCCAUUUUUUCGUAAUUGAUAAUUAUGUAUUUUUCUGGAGUCUUAUAUAAAAAAUUGUUUCAAAGUAAUUAAAAAUAUAUAUACAUGGUUAUAUUUGUAUAUUAAGAACCGAAUAAAAUUAUCAAACAGUGAAAAUUAUAAAAACAGUCAUUUCCUGAUACACUAUCAAGUUCGGACAGUCUUUUGUAGCAUGUAAUUUCAUUUCAAACGCUAUACAUUUUACAUGAUAUUAGCUGAUGCAUGCAUCCGGAAAAUUCACGGUUCGUUUUAGGCUUGGCUAAAUUUGGUUAACAGCCAAAAGUCACAUAGGUCAAUGUCAGGUUUUAGGAACGCAUUGGGUAAGUUGCGGUAUUGUAUGAUUUAAAAAAAAACUGAAAAGAAAACUAUAUCAAACUGUAUCAAAAAUUUCAGUUAAAAUUCUGUUUUAGCAUAAUUAUUUUGUUAAAACAAUAUGUAAUUGCAACAUGCUUUUUUUCUUGUCACAAUUAUGUUUAACAUUUAAGAAAUAGAACUGCA